CACCCGCCGCCUCAAGGCUCCUCCCGCGCCGGCCGCCAUUUUGAGCCGUUGCGGUCGCCUGGCCGGGCGGGAACCGCGCCGCCUUCGCCGCCUUUAGUCCCUUUUCCCUCGCCUUAGUUUGGGGGCAGCUGGUUGCUAGGCCCGCAUGCCCUCGCCACCGCCACCAGCAGCCCUGUUCCGCCUCCGCCUCGGAGGAAAGCCGGCAGGCGCCCCUGCUUCUUCUCCCCUCCUCCGCCUCCCAGUGACUUCUAGAAGCAUCCCAUUGCUCACUGAUGUAUUGAAAUAAUUAUUCCAGCUGUGAAAUUGCUGUCAGGAUGUUCAAAAAUGAAUAUCAGGGUGGUCCAUUUGUUGAAAUCUUCAGUGCUCAAGGCAAGAACCCUGGAAUGAAGUGGAAGGUUUCUGGCAGUCCUUCGGUAAUUGGGAAGGAGUUCGAUAAGCAAGUGAAAGGCUUUGUCUUUGUUCUUGAAGGAAGCAGUCAAACAAACAAGAUGCAGCUUCCUAAGGAAACCAGGCAAGCUCUUGGACUGAUCCAGCAAUUUCUGGUACUUCAGAUUUAUGUACCAUUGGGACAAGACUUCUCUACUGAAUUGCUGAUAACUGAUUUAGGAAACAUUAAAAGAAGGUUGUAUUUAUCAACAAUCCACAAGGAGUUGUCCAUAACCCCCCUUCAUGCAAAAAUUCCUCUUUUUAUGAUCAAGCGCAAAAUUUGGUGCAACCUGUGCAUUGACUUGGUAGCAUUCACCAGUGAGAUAUUCAAAGGAGCCGUCUUCCAGUCCUUGGAUGGCAUUAUUGUUUCAGCUAACUGUAAACUGCGAAAAAUCUUCACACUGAAGUCAAAGCCCCUGGAUACAGAUGAUGAAGAUGCUGAUGGGCCAACAGAUACGAUUCCUCGAGCCUGUCAGUUAAAUUCAGAUGUGCCGCAAGUCACCCAGCUGCUGAAUAUGAACAAGCUACGCCCAGCAGAACAAAAAUGUGGAGGUCAGCUCUUAACUUCACCAGAAUUAGACCAUCUAUUAAACCGGGGAUUGGCCACGACACGAAAUAGUAAAAAUCAAGACAUAUCCCAUAUUGCAUUUGGAUCUAAGGUUCUUGGGCCGCCUCCACCUUCAGGCCGAAGGUUCAGCUCAAGGGCAUCUGGGGAGGUAACAAAAUCUGGCAGCCUCAGAACUAACAGAUCAUGCCAAAUGCCAGCUUUGGAAAAUGGAAGACAAGCAAUUCAAGACAUCAUCAGCUCUGAACGAUCUCCCUCGCCACUUGAUAUGGCUUUAGAUCAAGGAAACAAAGAAAACGUUGACAACACAAGUCCAAUGUCACUGGACAAGGAUGAGUGGAUAUUCCCUGAUAAAGAAACUUCUCAACUGGAUUCCAGCAGUCUGUCGCUAAAGGAUAGUGAAACAUCUUACAGUUUUUUAAACUUGGCAUUGAGUGAUGUUCAAGCAUGUGAAAACAAGCAAGCAGCCGAAGACCGGCGAGAGGAUGUUUUCACCUAUUCCUCAAAACCUAGAUCAGCACCUCAUGGGAAGCCCUUGAACCUGUCAUCAGAAAGCUGCAGUUUUUCUGUGGAUUUAAAAGAAGAGAUCAGUGGGGUUUGGCGAGGAGCUCAGAUGGAAGAUGACUUUUAUGGAAAUGAGAGCAAUGAAGAGGAUGAUAACGACAGUGAAUUUAUGCAAGAGGCUCCAACCAGCCCCUCAUUAUUAGGGUCAUCUGAACUUGCAAUUUUCAAAGACAUCCCAUGCAGAAGUCCAGAAAACAGCACAAACAAAGAAUAUGCAAAACACACCAGUGAGGAACUGUCGCUAAUGACAGAAGAUUCAGUUGUGGUGGCAGGAAAGGCAGAUAACAGCCAAAGAAACUUGUUGCCGACUUCCUGCUUAUCUCCAACUGGAAGCAUACCUGAGCCCAGGAAGGAAGCAACUUUUGUAUCAAAGGGUAUAUCAACCAGUCCAUCAAGAACUUCCAUCAGCAGAAAAUCCCUCAAAGAAAUCCCACAGGAGAAUUCAAAUCUGAUAGUCCAAAUUCCUGAGUAUGACUGGAGAAACUACCAGCCGAGCAACAUGAGUGCUUCUGAACUGCAAAUGUUGGCUAGUAUGAAAAGGCAACAGAAUGAAGAGCUGGAAGAUAACGGACCUUCACAUGGGUUGAGUGCAUCUCAGAUAGACAACUGUAAUAUCAGCAUCAGUGCAAGCAGUGAUGACACAACCACCUGGAACUCAUGUCUCCCAGCGCCUGUCAAUCAAGGAUGUCACUAUCAGAAAGAAAUGAACCCUCUUUCCCAUUCCAACCCACGGGAUUGGUUAAAUGCAUUCAGCCCUCCUAUAAUUCCUCCAAGCCAGCAGCUGGCAGAACAUCCUGAAGUGACAGCACACCUGAGCACUCAAGGUGAAGGGGAUGACUUUGAGGCUGAAGAAGAUGAAGUUCUCACUCUUUUGUAUGACCCAUGCCUAAACUGUUACUUUGAUCCUGAAACUGGGAAAUAUUAUGAGUUGGCAUAGCCAAUUGCAAGAGCAGGAAG